UAUAUAUUAUUUCUACAGCAUAUCAACGAUGGACUGCCUGGUCUGGAUGGGGUAAAUGUAGUGUAACAUAGGUAUACAGUAAGAUAGUACGCUAUAUAUAUAUAUAUUAUUUCUACAGCAUAUCAACGAUGGACUGCCUGGUCUGGAUGGGGUAAAUGUAGUGUAACAUGUGCAACAGGUAUAUCUAUAAGGAAAAGAGAAUGUAAAAUGGCUGAAGGAGGCUGUCAAGGUCAGGAUUCACAAAUGAAAUCUUGUACAAUGUCAUCUUGUCCGAUCACCAUCAUCCCCUCGACCACGACCACUACCACUACCACUACCCAUGCUCCAGUGAAUGUUCCGUUAGAAUGGGGUCAGUGGUCUGAAUGCUCUGUAACCUGUGGUAUGGGAGUGAUAUUUAGACAGAAAUACUGUCAUGAUCAAAGUAGGCGGCAUUGUAAAGGGCCAGUUCAACAUGAGAAUAAACGAUGUAUAACUGAUUCUUGUAACCAGCAAGAGGUACGACAACAAAUGCAGAUUUUAGAAGGUCAUGAUGCUGUUUUACCAUGUGGAAUAAAAAAGAAGCCACAUAACAGCAUAUACUGGAUAACACCUAAAGGAAAGAAAAUAGACUCACAUACUGUUAUUAAAAGAGUUUUGGUGGUUGAUGAUAAGUUACUACUUAGAGAAACACAAAGAAGAGAACAUGGAGUAUACCACUGUGUGUCAUCAGAUGGACAAACUUCUGAUGUAGAAAUAGAUGUUCUGUGGUGUGGAUUAGAAUUGUGCCAGCAUGGAGGCAAUUGUGUCAGGACACUUGCAAGACUUGAACAUGGUCACAGGAGAUUUGAAUGUGUGUGUACAUCAGGGUAUUCGGGCAUGUUCUGUGAGGAAAAGAUGCCACUGCCAUUUUAUCUGAUUCUACUGAUUAUCCUGAUGUCUGUCCUGGUUUUAGUCAUCAUUCUGGCUAUAGUUAUCACCUACAUCUGUCACAGGUAA